GAGCGCAGACACACGGCGGGCUCUGAGUCAGCUGAUGCAACCAGAACACGGACCUCAUUAUCAUUUUUUGGAGUAAACACAUUUUCGUCAUCAGGAUUUUUUUUUUUUUUUUUUUUUUUUUUAAUUACGGGAUUCGCGUCAUUACGAGCAGCGCGCAUUCCUCAACAGGAUUUGCGCAUCUCCAAUUGCCACCAGUCCACUGCUUCUUCAAGGGGCUGCUUUAUUUUCCCUUCUAGAUGCCAGUGUGGACGCUUUCGUGGUCAUGAUCGAGCGACUGUCGAGGCGUUUCAUCUGAAGUCUUGUUAUUACAAAAAUGGAACAACAGCUCUCCAAACCAGAAUGCAAAAACAUGGAUGCCUGUCUAAGACGCCUGAAGCAGGAACUGCUGUCUAUGAAAGAAGCUGGAGAUGGCCUCCACGCUCAGAUGGAUUCAAUGAUGGGAGCUCUACAGGAACUUAAGCUUCUUCAAGUUCAGACUGCGCUCGAAAACCUUGAUAUUUCUGGUCGGCCCAUUAACCGAGGACUCCCACAUCCUGCUCCACAAGCUCCUCCCAACGUGCCAACUGUAACGGCUUCUGCUUCAGGGAAAGACCUCGGGACGUGCUUUAGCCACGACAUGCUAGAGGAGCCCAAACCAAGUCCCGUGCCAAGUCCUAGGCCAUCUCUGGGGAGCAGAAACACCAUCAGUGGAGAUGAGCGCAGCCUAUCCCAAAACAGAAGCAGCCUCGGAACCUCAUCCACUUCAUCCUCCAGCCUAGAGAGUGAAAGUGAAAGUGGAAGAAGUGCAAGAAGUGAGAAUGACCUGGAGUCUAUACCCAGGCGCUGGUCUGGAUACACUGCUCCACAGGUGGACUUUUACGGACCAGUCGUGGGAAACCCUCCACCGGAGCCCUACCCUCAUCCGCAACCUCCGUGCCGGGCUCAGGCGGUCGACCUGCCAGGGAUCCUGUACAGCCUGUCCAGAGAGGGUCCCUCUUUAGACAGUGAGUAUUCCCAGGAGAGUGCAGACGACGGCAGCGACUGGACCUCUUCACUCAUGAGCCGCAGCCGUAACCGGCAGCCUCUAGUGCUGGGUGACAAUGUCUUUGCAGACCUCGUGGGAAACUGGCUAGACCUGCCCGAGGUGGAGAGGGAAGAAGGGGAAGAAGAAGAGCGGAAGAAGAGGAGGGAGGAGAGGAUAACAGAUGGAGGGGCGGAUAGACCGGACACCCCUGCUCAUCCUCUACGCCUCAGUCGCUCACAGGAGAUCUGCAGGAAGUUCUCACUUACUACAAACAUCUUUAAGAAGUUUCUACGCAGCGUUCGGCCAGACAGGGACAAGCUGCUGAAGGAGCGACCUGGCUGGAUGGCCCCCGAGCUGCCAGAGGGGGACCUGUCCAAAAGGCCCAAGAAGGUCGCUGCUAAAGGUUCAAAAGGCAGUUUCUACUUGCCAUUCUGGGCAAAUGGACAGCAGGGCAAAGGCAGGCCAUGCCCACAUCUAGCUGAAGCAGAGAGGAACCACCACCCACAACACCACCUCCCCCAGAUCCACCAUCAGCCAUUUGCAGGGAUUUAUUUAGACAGGAGACAGCUACAGACCGGACUGGAGAAAAUGCAGCCCUUGUUUGAUUACAACACAGCUGUGUGGGUCUGACAGGAGCCAACAGGCUGCCAGCGAUGCCAGGCUGAAUGAGUGACAGGUGCUGGGGGAUUUAGCGGAGCUGGAUGGGAAUGAAUGAAUGAGUUAUGUUCCAAUAAUGAACCAACACCCCAACGUGUCCUAUGACUGAGAGAUUUACAGGGCAAUAUUUUGUCUGACAAUCCUAUAACUUAAACCUUGUUUGCUGUAUGUGUGUUUGGAGGCCCAGUUCAGAUCAAAUCUUCACCACUAGACAGCUGAAACUUGUAACUACUUGCUAUGUGCUGCUCUGCAACAUCCUGAAAACUUGCCAGUUUACACAACGCAAUAGGACCGGACGGUGUAUCGUUUCCAUAGCAACAACUCUACAUCUCUUCUAACUGCCAGCUUUUUCAGCUUUUUUAUUGCUGAUAUAUUUUGUGGCACCUUUUUUCCAUCAAUUCCCACAGCAGUUCUGUCAUUUAGAGUUGUUAUCACUUCUAACAAGCACAAAAAUAUUGUACUUCAUUUCACCAAGAGGAUGGUUGAUGAUGAUAUUGCUGAGCUAUAGCCUUUACGUAAGCGUUCAUUAUAUAACGCUAUCUUCCAAAACCAGGUUUGUCAGCCUGAAUUGCAGGUAAUCUUAUCAACGUGCUGGAGUCAAGCUGAGGUCACAUGGCUGCAACUUCCACUUUAAACAUCCUAAAAGACUUUCAUCUCAUUUCUGUGAGGUUUUGAUAUGAGCUGGGCCUAAGUGUGUAUGUCAUAUGUUUGAGGAUUCAUGCUGCAACUUUUGUAUCAUUCAGAAUUGAUCUAAUGAGUGUGAGUGUUUGACAGAGCAGACUGGAUGUCUUAACAAGACAACAUAAAAGUGGACAUCUUCCUAAGAAUGUCUCUUUCAUCGUACUUCCAUCAUUACGGAUCGUUUUAAAAAACAUUCAUCUUUACACUUCUAUGCUACAGGAAAUACUGUCAUAUAUCACUUCUUUGCAUCUAUAAAUAGAUCACCAACUGUUGCAUUUCAUGGUUACUGUUUUUAUAAAUGAUGCUACAAACAGCUGUUACUCAACGCACUGCCACUGAACACAGUCAUAAGCUCCCUGUUGUUUCCAACAGGACUCAAAGCCUUGGAAACUCAGGUUUAACUGAACCUGUCAGUCUCAUUCAUCUUUCUCAGGGAACGAAUGUCAACCAGGAGGAAAAUAUUACAAAUGAAAUAGUCUUGCCUCAUCCCAUUACACCUAGUUGAACAAUGCAGCAAUAUAACACGUCAAUCUAAGAUUGCACAUUAAACUUUUAAAUUUGCCCCUCAUUAUCAGUCGUGUUGUGUUACCAGUCUCUGCCAUUUAGACAUGGCACAUGUUGAGUCAACUGUCAGUCCUCCUGGUUUAUUACGCAGAGCGAUGGCCAAAAGAAUAAUGACUGACUGAUCGCCAUCUGGUACCUGGACGUUAUGGAAAGCUCAGUCGCUGCAAGCUUGAGGAAGAUGCAAAUCAGUUUGUUAAUCCUGAGGAGUCAUGGAUGAGCUGAAUUAUGAUAAUGGUGUCACAUACUGUAUAUACAGGUGAAUAUAUUACAGGGCUACAGCACUAAUGAGACAGUCUGGACUGGAGUUAAAGACCAAUCAUCUCUGUCAGACAGAAUUUAAGUCGACAAUAUACAGAUCAUUGUACAUAAUUGUCAGGCAAACAGCAGCAAUAAGUAACAUUUACAACAAUAUCUCAUUGCAUGAGUUUGAUUAUUCUGCACAGAUAAAAAAUGUCACAGUAAUGUCACAUUACAUUUCAGAUCAUGUAAACAAAACCACAGAUACUCAAAGUGAUGAUAUUAUCUUUGGCUUUCAGUACUUUUUCUCUCGGUUUUCAAACUUUUCCAGUGUUUCUCAUUUCAAGCCGCAUCCUAAUAGCUUCCUUUGCAAAAUGGCAUGUUUUUUUCACAGAGGACCACAGUUUGCAAGGACAAUCUGAUACUUUUUUAUGAAAGUAAAACAACCAAUUUCACUCAGUUACAAGUGUUACAGAGACCAAUAAACUUAGCCAGCAGGGAUUAGACCCCAAGUCUUUUGAGUGUCUUUGCCAGCAGAUCCAUAUGGUGUCUCAGUAUUCAGGUCAAUACACAGAGCUCAUUCAGAGGGUCCAAUCCACAGACAGCUUCUGCUGAGACGUUAUGCCAUAAGGCACAGUCUGAGAUGUCAUAUCACACAGUAUAUGUAUGUAAAUGUAAUAUUAUUUCUUCCUAUUUACAGGUCUCUAAGUGUAAUAUUAAGCACUGUUAAAUAUUUUUGAUUGGGGUUCUGCGAACCUUCAGUAGUGAUUUUGUGUCAUGUGCACUGUAAAACUGUCACUGACUCUUUGUAAAUUAAAACUGUUUUCAGAAAUGAA